AUGGCCUCCACCGGUCAAUUUCCCGACCUCCAAAGCGUUAUCGCUUUGGUCAAAACACUAACAAAUGCGCAGCUCAAAGACAUUUUGAGGAGUGAAGCGCUUGCUGUCUCUGGAGUAAAAGUAUCGCUCCAGCUUCGUAUAAUUGACUUUAUUGAGAGACUCGCCGAAACCGACCAAACAGCUCGUUACGAUGCGCUGAGAAAAUUUAUUUAUACCACAGCAAAUCGCGUAAUGCCUGCCGUCUCUUCGACACCGUCAUACCCUCAAUUCCAGCCGCCUGUGGUUUCGCAAUCUAUCUCGACACAACCUAGAUCAUCUCCUUUGAGUAUACCAAUACCGUCACUCGGAUUUACGUCGGGUCGGUUAAGUUUCAAGGACAGUCCGUUUUACACAAUAUUGGAACCCCUUACCUCAACAGUGGAGUGUAAAGUACGGGAACAAACGAGAGAUAGUAUAGAACUAAAAGUCGUCCUGAAUCCUACCGUAGCCUCCAGGCUACAGACAGAUUUGAAUUGUCGGGUUAUGGUGUACUGUGCUGCUGAUACUGGUCUCAACCAGUAUACCAAGUCCGAUGUUGCCUUUCCCCAUCAAGUCGAGCUGAAAGCAAAUCUUGACGAAGUGAAAGCUAAUCUGAGAGGUCUCAAGAAUAAGCCCGGCACGACCAGACCAGCAGAUAUAACAAGUCACAUUCGCAGAAAGCCGGGUUACCAGAACAAUAUUGUGAUGACAUACGCUCUCACGCAAAAGAAGUUCUUUGUUGUCGUCAACCUUGUCCAGCGGCACCCUGUUGAUGACUUGGUGGCGGAGUUGAAGGCGAGGAAAACAAUCUCGAGGGAACAGGUGGUACGAGAAAUGAGGAGUAGAGCGGAUGAUUCAGAGAUUGUUGCAACUUCAAGUGUCAUGUCAUUGAAAUGUCCUCUGUCUACGCUUCGGAUUGACGUUCCUUGUCGUUCAGUGGUGUGCACGCAUAACCAGUGCUUCGAUGCUUCCUCGUUUCUGCAACUGCAAGAACAAGCACCGACCUGGACAUGUCCCGUGUGUUCCAAAUCUACUAGUUUUGAGUCUCUGCAAGUUGACCAGUAUGUCGAUGAUAUCCUCCAUUCAACGUCUACAGAUGUAGAACAAGUCGUCAUCGAGCCGGAUGGAACAUGGGCUACUCCCAAAAGCGAGGACACUACGGGAGCCAAUGGUGCUCCCCAUCCCACACCAGAUGAUGACGACUUAAUAGAAAUCAACGAAUCUGGAUUCACGCCUGUCAAACAGGAACCUAUUUCAACAACAUUAUCCUUACAACAAACGCCAAUUCAAUCAAGAGAGCCGUCCUCAGCACCUUCCGCUGCCCGUCCUUCAACGAAUAAGAGAUCCGCGGCACAAGUUAUUGAUCUUACUGCAAGUGACGAUGAAGAAGAUCUUCCUGUGCGACCGGCAAAACGCCCUGCGCUAAAUGCGCCCAGCCACUCAUUCCCAGCAUUGCCUUCCUUUAGCAGUGGCAAUACAAAUGGACAAGACUUCCCCCUUUCGAGCCAGACCAAUUAUUCAGAUACCCCAAGUCAUCGUGGCGGCUACGAUCGAUGA